AUUUCCGGUGUAGCUGCUGUUUCCGCGUUUGGCAGAUCGAGGGACUGUGGUGCAAAUAAACAAAUCAGUGGAGUGUGGGAUGGUAACUAUCAGUUGUUUGGUCAGUGAUGGCUGUUCGUCCUAUUAUCUGUGAAGCUAAACAACAAAUCUAAAUACAUUAAACAUUGGAGCAACAGAAUAUAUAACACACUUUAAGCAACUUACAACUUGUCUGGAGAAAUGGCGAUCUCUGAAUUUGAUGAGUUGAGAACGCUGGAAUAUCUUUCUUUGGUUUCCAAGGUCUGUACAGAACUGGACAACCAUCUGGGGAUUAACGAUAAAGAUUUAGCUGAGUUUGUGAUCCAUCUUGCUGAGAAGAAUACUACAGCAGAUACCUUUAAGGCUGCACUUGACCAAAGUGGGGCAGAAUUUACAUAUUCCCUUGUUGGAAACUUGUUGCGUCUUAUACAGACUAUGCGACCUCCACCCAAGCCUCCUGCAAACAAAGAGCCAGUUGUUAAGACCAAAAAUGAAAAAGAAAAGCUGAGGGAGCUGUUCCCUGGUCUAUGCAGACCAGAUAAUCCUAAUGUUAGAACCAUGUUAGAUGAAGAUGAUGUGAAAGUAGCUGCAGAUGCUUUAAAGGAGCUUGAAGCUUUGAUGCCCAGUGCAAAUACAGAAGACAAGAGCAAGAGCAGGAAACAUCGUUCUGAUAAUGGAGAAAAGAAAAGAAAGCGCAGUCGCAGCCGAAGUAGGGACCGAAAACGCAAGCACAGAUCCCGAUCUAGAUCACGUGAUAGAAACAAAGGCAAGUCCAAACGUCGUUCCAGAAGCAGGAGUCCUAGUCCUAGCAAGGAUCACAGAGAUCGAUAUGGAUCAAAGUUAAAUGACAGAUGGAAAGAUAAGCAUGUAGAGCGACCUCCACCUGAAGAACCAUCCAUUGGUGACAUUUAUAAUGGCAAAGUCACCAGCAUUAUGCAGUUUGGGUGCUUUGUGCAAUUGGAAGGACUAAGGAAACGAUGGGAAGGAUUAGUGCACAUCUCUGAACUCCGUAGGGAAGGACGUGUUGCCAAUGUUGCUGAUGUUGUCAGUAAGGGUCAGAGAGUAAAGGUCAAAGUGCUGUCUUUCACUGGCUCCAAAACCAGCUUAAGUAUGAAGGAUGUUGAUCAGGAAACAGGGGAGGAUUUAAAUCCCAACAGGCGUAGGAAUGUUAUAGGAGACAGUAGUGAGGAAACUACUAUGAGGAACCCAGACAGACCCACCCACUUGUCACUUGUUAAUGCCCCGGAAGUAGAAGAUGAUACUAUGGAACGCAAGCGACUCACGAGAAUUUCAGACCCAGAGAAAUGGGAGAUUAAACAGAUGAUUGCUGCCAAUGUCCUUUCUAAGGAAGAAUUUCCUGACUUUGAUGAAGAAACUGGAAUUCUUCCAAAGAUUGAUGAUGAAGAAGAUGAAGAUCUUGAAAUUGAACUUGUAGAAGAGGAGCCACCAUUCCUGAGAGGGCACACCAAGCAGAGUAUGGACAUGAGUCCUGUCAAAAUAGUAAAGAACCCUGAUGGGUCCUUAUCACAGGCAGCCAUGAUGCAGAGUGCUCUGGCAAAAGAGAGACGUGAGUUGAAACAGGCCCAACGGGAGGCUGAGAUGGACUCUAUUCCUAUGGGACUCAACAAGCAUUGGGUUGAUCCUUUACCUGAUGUUGAUGGGAGGCAGAUUGCUGCUAACAUGAGAGGAAUUGGGAUGAUGCCAACUGAUAUCCCUGAAUGGAAGAAACAUGCUUUUGGAGGGAAGAAGGCUUCUUAUGGUAAGAAGACACAGAUGUCUAUCCUUGAACAGCGAGAGAGUCUUCCUAUCUACAAGCUUAAAGAGCAGCUAAUUCAGGCUGUUCACGACAACCAGAUUCUGAUUGUGAUUGGAGAAACAGGGUCUGGUAAAACCACGCAGAUUACACAGUACCUAGCAGAAGCAGGGUACACUGCUAGGGGGAAGAUUGGAUGCACCCAGCCCAGACGUGUGGCUGCUAUGUCAGUUGCAAAGAGAGUGUCUGAAGAAUAUGGAUGUUGUUUGGGUCAAGAGGUUGGUUACACUAUUCGAUUUGAGGACUGUACUAGCCCAGAAACUGUUAUCAAAUACAUGACAGACGGUAUGUUAUUACGAGAAUGCCUCAUCGAUCCUGACCUUACACAGUAUGCUAUUAUAAUGCUGGACGAAGCCCAUGAGAGGACAAUUCACACUGAUGUGCUGUUUGGGUUGCUAAAAAAGACUGUACAGAAGCGACCGGACAUGAAGUUGAUUGUAACUUCAGCUACUCUGGAUGCAGUGAAAUUCUCACAGUAUUUCUACGAGGCACCCAUUUUCACCAUCCCAGGUAGAACCUACCCUGUGGAGAUCCUGUACACCAAGGAACCCGAGACAGAUUACUUGGAUGCCAGUCUUAUAACAGUUAUGCAGAUCCACUUAACUGAGCCACCAGGUGACAUUCUAGUCUUCUUGACUGGUCAGGAAGAGAUUGAUACAGCCUGUGAGAUCUUGUAUGAAAGAAUGAAGUCACUUGGACCAGAUGUUCCUGAAUUAAUCAUCCUUCCUGUCUAUUCUGCUCUGCCAAGUGAAAUGCAAACAAGGAUCUUUGACCCAGCCCCUCCAGGUAGUAGGAAGGUUGUUAUCGCUACUAAUAUUGCAGAGACCUCACUGACUAUUGACGGCAUUUAUUAUGUAGUGGAUCCAGGUUUUGUGAAACAGAAAGUGUACAAUUCCAAAACAGGAAUUGACCAGCUUGUGGUUACACCAAUUUCUCAGGCUCAAGCAAAGCAGAGAGCAGGUAGAGCUGGAAGAACAGGACCCGGAAAAUGUUAUCGCCUUUACACUGAACGUGCCUAUAGAGAUGAAAUGUUGACAACAAAUGUGCCUGAAAUCCAGAGAACCAACUUGGCCAGUACUGUGUUGUCUCUCAAGGCUAUGGGAAUCAAUGAUCUUUUGUCCUUUGACUUCAUGGAUGCCCCUCCUAUGGAGACCCUUAUUACAGCGAUGGAGCAGCUCUAUACCCUGGGAGCAUUAGACGAUGAGGGGCUACUGACUCGGUUAGGACGUAGGAUGGCUGAAUUCCCCCUGGAGCCCAUGCUUUGUAAGAUGUUGAUCAUGUCUGUACAUUUGGGCUGCAGUGAAGAAAUGUUAACUAUUGUCUCCAUGCUGUCUGUGCAGAAUGUUUUCUACAGACCAAAGGACAAACAGGCACUUGCUGAUCAAAAGAAAGCAAAGUUCCAUCAGACUGAAGGUGAUCAUCUCACAUUAUUAGCAGUUUACAACUCAUGGAAAAAUAACAAGUUCUCCAACCCUUGGUGUUAUGAGAACUUCAUUCAAGCUCGCUCAUUGCGCAGGGCACAGGACAUCCGAAAGCAGAUGUUGGGAAUCAUGGACAGGCAUAAACUGGAUGUAGUUUCCUGUGGGAAAGCAACUGUGCGUGUCCAGAAGGCUAUUUGCAGUGGAUUCUUCCGUAAUGCAGCUAAGAAGGACCCUCAAGAGGGAUAUAGGACACUCAUUGAUCAGCAAGUGGUUUACAUUCAUCCUUCUAGUGCACUCUUCAACAGACAGCCUGAAUGGGUUGUAUAUCAUGAAUUGGUACUUACCACCAAAGAAUAUAUGCGAGAAGUGACUACUAUAGACCCUCGAUGGCUUGUCGAGUUUGCACCAGCUUUCUUUAAAGUGUCAGAUCCAACAAAACUGAGCAAACAGAAGAAACAACAGAGACUGGAACCCCUUUAUAACCGUUAUGAAGAACCAAAUGCUUGGAGAAUCUCCAGAGCUUUCAGGCGUCGUUGAAAGAUUUUGUGUCUGCAGCAUAAGAAAAGGGAGCGAACUGUAGAUAUAUUUAUUUUUAAAAAGCACCAGUCAUUACAGCCUGGCUGUAAAUAUAUUUUCUCUUUUAAACUUUUGGGUAAAUAAUCAGUGAAGAGACUGAUUUUGUUUAACCAGUUUAAAGCACCUUUUGGACAAAGUGCUCUGGUUGAAAUAAUCUGAAGUUAAAAGUCAGUUAAAGCAAGAUGAUCUUUCAGCUUACUAUGUUCAUUUGUGACUUAUUCAUGCCACAUGGCUCUUAAAGGUAUGCGUUUGCACAUUUUGUCAUUAGCCAUCAGUUAAAGUACAAAAAGUCCUAAUGGCCAAGAUCUGGCUUGAAACUUGUUGUUGGUAUUUGGACACCUGCAAAAAUCUGUUCUUGUAUAACUGCAUACAGUUUUUUUCAGUAUUUAUUUGGUUCACUUUUUCAGUAAUGUCUACUGAUUUUAAAGUGUAAAUAUUCCAUUGUACAGUUAUCACUACCCACCCUUGUAAGAAAAGAAAUGCCUAAGAAUCAUUCACAAGUCAUGUAGGGCAGUCAUUUGACUGUAAAUAAUAAAAAGUUGGUUCCUGGUUUUCUAA